AUGUCCAACGACGAGAAGCAGCAACAACAAAACUACGAGGUCGCCGAGGCUUCCGACGACGAUAGCUCUGCCCAGGAGCAGCAGCAGCAGCAGCAGCAGCAACCCCAGGCCCUUCAGAAGAACAGGAGGGAAAACGAUCCCCCAUGCACUACCGGGACCCUACCGAGGAAGUCGAGUGCCGAGGACAGCUCUCUCAAGAUCAAGAUCGAGCUCGACCUCGAGGCCGAGAUCAACCUGUAUGCCCGAGUCAAGGGUGAUGUCACCAUUGGUUUGCUUUAA